CCGCCCCGCACAGUCGCAGCCUGCAGCCCGGUCGCAGCUUCGCCUCCACCACUCGUCCGUGUCUCCGUGUGUGAGCAGUGAUGGACCGCUGGAGGGGCAGAGUGGCUCUGGUGACCGGGGCAUCGGUCGGCAUCGGCGCGGCUGUGGCCGCAGAGCUGGUCCGCUGCGGGAUGACGGUGGUCGGCUGCGCCCGAGACCUGGACAAAUUACAGAAACUGGCUGCAGAGUGUAAAAGUGCCGGCCACACCGGGGUCCUGGUACCUUUCAAGUGUGACUUGACCAACGAGGAAGAGAUUCAGUCCAUGUUCUCAGCCAUCAAAGCAGAGCACAAAGGUGUGGACGUGUGCAUCAACAACGCUGGUCUGGCUCACCCAGAGCCUCUGCUGAGUGGAAACACCAGCAGCUGGAAGAACAUGCUGGACGUAAACGUUCUCGCUUUGAGCAUUUGCACGCGUGAGGCGUACCAGUCGAUGAAGGAACGCAAUGUCGACGACGGCCACAUCAUCAACAUAAACAGCAUUUGUGGGCAUCGUGUAAUUAACAGUACUGAUGGGCAUUUCUACACGGCCACCAAGUACGCUGUGACUGCACUGACCGAGGCUCUGAGGCAGGAGCUGCGGGAGGCCAAGACUCACAUCCGAGCCACGAGCAUUUCUCCCGGAGUCGUGAAGACAGAAUUUGCUGGGCGGUUUUUCAAAAAUGACGCAGAAAAGGCCAAUCUGCUAUAUUCUAUGUAUAAGGUUCUGGAUGCAGUAGACAUUGCUAAUGCAGUCACAUACGUCCUGACUUCCCCUCCACAUGUGCAGAUUGGAGAGAUCGUGCUGCAGCCUGUGGAGGAAGCGUUCUAGUUCUGCUCCGUGUGACGGCUGAAUUAAUCUCCGCAUUCAUAUUCUGUACCCGCUUCAUCCUGUUCAUGGACGUGGGGGCCGGAGCCCAUUCAGAAUAUGGGUGGGAGGCGGGGUAUCACAUGUCCGAAUUAGUUUGCAACUCAAUUAAUAUACUGACCAACCCUUCAACUGAAGGUUUUGUUUCCUACAUUUAUGAAAUCAACUGUAAUCACUCAUGCAAAGAAUGAAACAUCUGAAUAAAGAUUACAUUUA